AUGGCUGAGUGGCGGGAGCAUGCACGUCUUACCGCGCAUCCGGCGGAAGCUUUGUCGAAACAGAAGAAAAACAAAGAGUUGGAAGGGCCUAAGCUGCCAUGUUCAAGCCUGUCAUCGCCCAAAUCGUUGAGGCAUCUUAGGCACCAGUUUCACGUUCCUGAUGAUGUUGAAAUGAUUGUUCCUUCUCCCACGGACAGAGCCAACAGACCUCCGAAGGGUUAUUUUACUCUCUACGAAAGUGUUUUCCACGAAUGCUUUCUCUGGUUUCCUAUCCCUCGAAGGGAUUUGACGCGUUCUUCGGAGCUACAACCUCGCCCUGGCUCAGAUAAAUACCCGCGAAAUUCGUCACCUGGUUGGAAUACUAAUUCGCGCUGUGGAAUGCGAAGUCGAAGUUUGCAUUGA